AUGCCAUCCCCUUCCUCGUCCGCCGCCACGGUCACGCUCUCGACCUUCUCGCCUCCCGCCGCGACGGUUCUGCUCGUCCUCGCGCAGCUCACCGUGCACGGCGUUAUCCCCCACGUCAGCGCCAGUCUAGCCCUCGGCACCGCGACGACGCUUGCGCGCAACGUCUACCUACUCGCGUGGGCGGCUACGGAUCUAGAGAUCCAGCUGAACUCGGUGGAGCGCCUGCAGAUUUACCACGAAGGUAUCCCGCGGGAAGACCAAAAGGGCCCUUGGGUGGACGAGCAAGAGCGCGAAAAUGAGUUGGAGAACUGGCCGGAGAAUAACACCAUUGACAUUAAAAAUGCAUAUCUCAAGUACAAGACGCGCAAGACGCCGGCCCUUGACAACGUCACCCUCGACGUUGGUCAAGGGCAAAAGGUUGGCCUUGUCGGUCGAACUGGCUCCGGAAAGUCUUCCUUGCUCUCAGCCAUCGCUCGCCUCGUCGACAUCAACGACGGCAGUAUAACAAUAGGCAACAUCAACACGGCCAAGAUCCCGCCUCGCCGCCUCCGCAGGGAUGUCAUCACGCUCCCGCAGGAGAGUCUCAUCUUCAAGGGUACGCUGCGGGAGAACCUGGACCCGUACAGUUGCCGCACAGACGGCGAGAUAUGGGAUGCGCUCGAAGCGACCCGAAUGAGCAGCGUAUUGCGCGCCAAGUACGGCACCGAGGCCCUUGCCCAGAACAUAUCGUCCGACGGUGCCGACUUGUCUGCCGGUCAGCGGCAGCUUAUCUGCGCUGCGCGAGUCCUUCUCGAGCGUCCCUCUGUUCUCCUGGUCGAUGAAGCUUCCGCCAAUGUCGACUUUACAUCCGACGAUGCCCUGCAGCGCGCCUGGCAGGCGCUGCCUGCCUCUACCACCAUGAUCACGAUUGCGCACCGCGCCAGCUCCCUGGCAUGGAUGGACCGCGUGCUGGUCAUGGACGGCGGGAAGCUCGUCGAGGACGGGAAGCCCCGCGAUCUGCUCGCCGGCCCCGACGGGUCUUCAUACUACCGAGCCGCCAUUGAAAAGGACGGAUCCAAGGCCGUCGAAGCGGCGCUGCAAGUUGCUGUGACGUGGGAUGCCAAGAAGCAGGGCACCAGUACAUGA